ACCACUUCCUUCCAGGCUUGCGGUGUUCUCAGCAGUUCCCCUUCCUGGAGCCGGACGUUCCGCUCCUGCUGGCCAGUCCUUAUCACCCACCCGCAGCACCCUGCAUAUGCCCUUCAGGAUGCCGGAGCUCAUCUCCGUCCAAGACUUCAUCUCCCAGACUCUGGAGGAUCUGAGCUCCCCAACCACCUCCUCCUUCACCAGCCACAUGGGCAAGUGCCGAGGCACCGUCUGCAGCCUGGAGGAGGCCUUGGAUUCUGAUCGAGCUGUACUGCAGAAAAUGAGGAAAGCCACCAAAGCAGAGCAUGCUUCUGGACAAGAUCUCGCUUGCCACAUAGAAGCUCAUAUUGCAGCCCAGGAAAAAUUCUCCGCAAACUACCAGAGUGAUGGUGACGAGCAACUGGCCAGUGCCUUCACCUCCUUUGCCGAGUUCUCCCAGAAGCUGCUGGUCCCAGUCAAGGGUCUGUUGCAGAGCUUGUCUCACAACAUUAACUUUGCCCUGGACUCGCUGGUAAAGAGAGAUUUAAAGGAGCUCAAAGGGGACUUCAAAAAGCCUUUUGACAAAGCCUGGAAAGACUAUGAGAAUAAACUCACAAAGAUUGAGAAGGAGAAGCGGGAGCUGGCGAAGCAGCACGGGCUGGUGCGGAGCGAGGUGGUGGGAGGGGAGAUCGCUGAGGAGAUGGAGAAGGAGCGCAGGAUGUUCCAGUUAAACAUGUGUGAGUAUCUGAUCAAAGUGAAUGAGAUUCAAACCAAGAAAGGAGUGGACUUGCUGCAGAACCACAUCAAGCAUUGCAAUGCUCAGUUCAAUUUUUUCCAGGAAUGUUUAAAGGCAACAGAGACGCUUAAGCAGUUUAUAGAGAAGCUCACCCCUGAGCUACAGAGAAUGAAGGUCAGGCAGGACGAGGAGAAGCAGCAGCUGUGCUCCCUCCGGGAUCACCUGAAAACAGCAUUACAGCUGGAGCAGAAAGAGGACUCUGCUAGCAAGCAGCUACGGUACAACAUGCACCAGCUGCAGGGGAACAAGCAGUAUGGGACCAAGAAAUCGGGGAACCUCUUUAAGAAAAGUGAUGGGUUGAGGAAGGUCUGGCAGAAGAGGAAGUGCACGAUCCAGAAUGGCUACCUGACCAUCUUUCACAGCACGCUAAACCGCUCACCAGCCAAGCUGAAUCUGCUGAUUUGCCAAGUGAAGCCGAACCCGGAUGAUAGGAAGUGCUUCGACCUCGUUUCACAUAACCGCACGUACCACUUCCUGGCGGAGGACGAGCAGGAAUGCACCGCCUGGAUUUCUGUUCUCAGCAACAGUAAGGAGGAGGCUCUGAAUGUGGCCUUCAGCCGGGAGCAUGGCAGUCGAGAGAGCAGCAUGGAGGGGCUGACCAGGGCCAUCAUCGAGGAGAUCAAGUGCAUGCCAGGGAACAGUGUGUGCUGCGACUGCUCAGCACCAGACCCAAGCUGGCUCUCCAUUAACCUGGGCAUCCUGAUCUGCAUCGAGUGCUCCGGGAUUCACCGAGAGUUGGGUGUGCACCACUCCCGCAUCCAGUCGCUGUCUCUGGACAAGCUUGCAACCUCCGAGCUCUUGCUGGCUAAGAACAUUGGCAAUUCUGGCUUUAAUGACAUUCUGGAAGCCAACCUCCCCAGCCCUUUGCUGAAACCCACAGCUGGCAGUGAUAUGGCCCUUCGGAAAGAUUUCAUCAUCUCCAAGUAUGUCGAGAGGAAAUACGCCAAGAAGAGGUCUAGGAGCCCAGCUGCCCGGCGCCAGGAGCUACAAGAAGCCAUCAGGUGGAGGGACUUAUUUACAUUGCUCCAGGCCUAUGCCGAAAAGGUGGAUUUAAGUGAGCCUGUUCUGGAGCCUGUACAGGAACCCGGGGAAACUUUUCUCCACCUGGCAGUGUUGUUAGCUGACCGAACCUCUCUACACAUUGUAGAUUUUCUGGUGCAGAACAGUGGGAGCCUUGUGAAGCAGACAGUGAAGGGAAACACACCGCUUCAUUACUGCUGCCUCCACAAUAAACCCGAGUGCCUCAAGCUCUUUGUGAGAGCCAAAGCCAGCAUUACCAUCACCAAUGAAGCUGAAGAGACGGCCCUGGAUGUGGCCAGGUGCAUGAGACACUCGCUGUGUGAAGAACUGCUGCUGCAGGCUCAAAACAAUCAGUUCAACAUGCGUGUUCACGUGGAAUAUGAGUGGCAGCUGGGCCAGGAUGACAUGUAUGAGAGCGACGAUGAUCUGGAUGAAAAGUUGGGUUCCCUGAAGGAGCGCACUCCCUACCCUCAGAGCUACUAUGGUGCACCUGCUACUGCCUCCCAGCCAUGGGGAAAUGCAGCAGGGCUUUCAAAGGGUGCAAUUCCAGCCCCCCAGGGGAAACUGCAUGACAUCUAUGCACGCCCUCAUUCCCACACCCGUGACAUACCAGCAGCCCCUGGCUCUGCUUCAUGUGUGCCGCCUCUUCCACCACACAGUGUAAUCCGAGCUCCCCACGUGCCCCUGCCCGCUCCUCCUGCCAGUGCUGUGGACUCUGGAGUAAGGAAGAUCCUGUCGCUACCUCUGAGCAUGAGGCACAAACGAACCUCAUCGGAUCCUGUGCCCUGGGUGCCGCUCAGCCUCAUGCAACCCAGCCACAGCAGCCUGGCUCCAGAUUCUGGAUCCUUCUCACCUCCCAAAGACCAUUCUGCAGCAGGAGCCCCUCCCAGGAGACUGAGCACCGGAUCCCGCCAGGUCACCAGCCACUCCUCCACCAAGGACACGACACAGCCUGCUGCCCCGGAGACAGUGGAGACGCUCUUUGAGGCUGGCUCCAGCAAAGGAAGACACCACGGGCUGCCGUGGACCUCGCAAGACCCAGGUGGAGGCCCUGGCCCAGCACAGGACAUGCUGCCCCCUCUCCCAAGUAGGGACACCCUGAGUAAACCACGCUUCUUCCGGGUCCGAGCACUGUUUGACUGUCAGGCUGACCGUGAGGACGAGCUGACCUUCCAUGUGGGAGAGAUCAUCAUCGUGGCCGAAGAGGAGGACUACAAUUGGUGGAGCGGCUGGAUUGAAGGGCAGCCCUACAGGAAAGGUGUCUUCCCAGCAUCGUUUGUUCAUGUGCUGAGAGAAUAGGACCUGGAUGGCUGACAGAAGAAAGAGCAUCUCAGCUGCUCGAAGUGCAGAUCCCCCAGACUCCCUGUUUUCAGCAGGUUUCCUGCAGAGAACACACUUGGCAAGCUUGUGCUGUUUCAUCUCUUGUGCCUUGUGACUCUCAGCUUCAGGCCCGCAGCAUGUGGUUCUGCCCACGGGGCCCAGAGCAGGGCUUGGAGGGGUCAGGUCUUUGCCUUUCUCCUGAAUUGCAAUCAAGUAUCCUACUGGGUGUGUUUGAAUCCUGCUUUCAGCUCCAGCUGUUCAGUGUGCUGGCUCCCGCACAGCAGUGAGGCACUCACUCCUGCAUGGUGCUGGCUGGGAGUGGCCAAAGCCGGGAGAAUGCCACUUUAGGGACACCAGAGUUUGGGGCCUGUUUUAACAUGGGACAACUGACUGCUGAUUAACUGGAUAGUAAAUGCCACUCUAGACACACCACAGAUGUCUGUUCCACACUCAGCCCUAAUGUCCAGGUUAACAUCCACUCUCCUCCCAAUUAACGUGAGUUAACUCAGGUUCAAACAAGUCCCAAGCCCCAUUCCAGUCAAACCCGUCCACUAUGCCAGCCAGGGAGCUGCCCAAAACAGGCUUCUUUCCACUCUCCCAUUUGAACCAGUCAUUCAGCUGGGCAGCCACUUUGACACCCAGACCCACAGAAACUGCACCAGUUCCUGUCUCUGUUUUUCUGCUCCAGUGCUACUUCUAGUGGGAGCUGGAGCCUAGCUAAGGCAUUUUUACCAGCCCUGUUCAGAGCCCUCUUUCCACUAAAGCUGCCACCACUGGAAUGACUGGCAGAGCUGUGUUGGGACAGAAAAACGCUGAUCAACGUUCCCAGUGGCCAGGGGCAUGUGACAGGAGAGAGCUCAGAGACCUUAAGACCAGAAGGGACCAUUGUGAUCAUCUAGUUGGACUUCCUGCACAUCACAGGCCACAGACCCUCACCCACCCGCUCCAGUAAUAGACCUCUCUGGCUGAGUUACUGGCAUCCUCAAAUCAUGAUUUAAAGACUUAAAGGUACAGAGAAUCCACCAUUUACACUCGUUUAAACCUGCACGUGACCCGUUCCCCCCAUUACAGAGGAAAGCAAAAAACCCCAGGGUCUCUGCCAAUCUGACCUGGGGGAAAAUUCGUUCCCAACCCCCAAAUGUGGCGAUCAGUUAGACCCUGAGCAUGUGGGCAAGACGCACCAGCCAGACACCUUGGAAAGAAUUCUCCGAAGUAACUCAGAACCCGCCCCACCUAGUGUCCCAUCACCAGCCACUGGAGAUAUUUGCUGCUAGCAGUCGCAGAUCGGCGACAUGCCAUCGUAGGAAGUCCCAUCAUCCCACCCCCUCCAUAAACUUAUCAAGCUCAGUCUUAAAACCAGUUAGGUUUUUUGUCCGCACUGCUCCCCUUGGAAGGCUGUUCCAGAACUUCACUCCUGUUGAUUAGAAACCUUUGUCUAACUGGAACCCUAAACUUAUUGAUGGCCAGUUUAUAGUCAUUUGUUCUGGUGCCAUCAUUAGCCCUUAACUUAAAUAACUCCUUUCCCUCCCUGGUAUUUGUCCUUCUGAUGUAUUUAGAGAGCACAAUCAUAUCUCCCCUCAGCCUUCUUUUGGUUUGACUAAACAAGCCAAGCUCUUUGAGUCUCCUCUCAUAAGGCAUCAAUCCUCUGAUCCUCCGAGUAGCACUUUUCUGCACCUGUCCCAAUUUGAAUUAAUCUUUCUUAAACAUGGGACACCAGAAUUGCACACACUAUUCCAGAGGAGUUCUCACCAAUGCCUUGUAUAAUGGUACUAACAUUUCCCUGUCUCUACUGGAAAUACCUCGCCUGAUGCAUUAUGGGACUGCAUUAGCCUUUUUUACAGGCUAAUGCAGCCACAUCACAUUGGCAGUUCAUAGUCAUCCUGUGAUCAACCAAUACACCCAGCUCUUUCUCUUCCUCUGUCACUUCUAACUGAUAUGUCCUCAACUUAAAGCAAAAAUCCUUCUUGUUAGUCCCUAAAUGCAUGACUUUGCACUAUCAUAUUUCAUCCCAUUUUUAUUACUCCAGUUUUCAAGGUCCUCCAGAUCUUCUUGUAUGAUAUUCUGGUCCUCCUCCAUAUUGGCAAUACCUCACAACUUUGUGUCAUCUGCUAGUUUUAUUAGUGCACUCCCACUGUACCAUGGUCAUAAAUGAAAAUGUUAAAUAAGAUUGGUUCCAAGACUGAUCCCUGAGGAACUCCAUUAGUGACCUCCCUCGAGCCUGACAGUUCACCUUUCAGCAUGACCCAUUGUACCCUCCCCUUUAACCAGUUCCUUACCUUUCAAUUCUCAUAUUAAUCCCAUCUUCUCCAAUAUAACUCAUAAUUUUCCAGGUGAAACUGUAUCAAAUGCCUUACUGAAAUCCAGGUAGAUUAGAUCUGCAUUUCCUUUGUCUAAAAUAUCAGUUAUCUUCUCAAAGAAGAUCAGGUUGGUCAAAUGCGAUCUACCUUUUGUGAAACCAGGUUCUAUUUCAUUCCAAUUACGGUUCACCUCUAUGUCCUUAAUUCCUUUCUCUUUCAAAGUUUGUUCCAAGACCUUUCAAACUAACAGGACUGUAGUUUCGUGGAUCACUUUUUUCCCUUUUAAAAAAAUAGGUACUAUAUUAUCAAUUUUCUAGUCAUAGGAUACUGCUCCUGAGUUUAUGGAAUCAAUUAAAAUGGUUAUUAUUGGGCUUGCAAAUUCAUGUGCCAGUUCCUUUAAUAUUCUUGGGUGGAGAUUGUCCAGGCCCCAUGAUUUGGUCCCAUUAAACUGUUUGAAUUUGACUUACACCUUGGAUGUGGUGAUUUCUGCUUCUGUCUCCCCACUCCCAUUAGCCACCCUGCUACUACCCCUAAACUCUUCAUUACCCUUAUUAAAAACUGAGGCAAAGUAUUUGUUUAGGUGUUGGGCCAUGCCUAGAUUAUCUUUAAUCUCCAUUCCUUCCUCAGUACUUAACGGUUCCACUUCUUCUUUCCUUGUUUAAUUUCUUUUAUUUAUAUGGCUAUAGAACCUUUUACGAUUGGUGUUAAUUUCCUUUGCAAGGUCCAGCUCUACUUGGCUUUUUGCAGUUAUCACUUUUUCCUUACAUUUUCUGAUCUCCAGGAGGUAGCUUUCCUUGCUGAUCCAUCCCAUCUUCCAUUCCUUGUAGGCUUUCUGCUUUCUUUUACCUGUUUGAGAUGCUUGUUCAUCCCAUUUGGUUGGCAACCCUUCCCUACAAAUUUUUUCCCCUUGCUUGGGAUUCAGGCUUCAGAUAGGUUCUGCAACUUCAACUUAAAUUAAUUCCAAGCUUCCUCCACAUUCAGAUCCUUGAGUUCUUCAUUCCAGUCCACUUCCAUAACUACUUCCCUUAAUUUUUUAAAUUUAGUUCUUUUGAAAUCAAAGACCCUAGUUGCAGACCUAUAUUUGUUGAUCCUUCCAUUCAGUUUAAACUGAAUUAGCUUAUGACUCAAACCGAGAUUAUCCUCUACAGCCUGUUCUUCUACGAGGUCCUCACUACUCACCAAUACUAAAUUUAAAAUGGCAUCAUUGCUUGUUGAUUCAGUCUGAAGAAAUCUUUCAUCUAUCACAUCCAGGAAAAUCUGGGCCUACCACUCAUCCUCCAGUCUAUAUCUGGAAAAUUAAAGUCUCCCAUAAUCACACAAUUCCCAGUGGUAUUUAUUUCAUUAAAAAUAUUAAAGAGGUCUCUAUCCAUAUUCAGAUUGUAUCCUGGGGUCUGUAGCAGACCCCAAGCACUGUCCCAGUGGAGCCUGUGUUAUCUUUAUUCCCCCAAAGUGAUUUUGACCCAAACUGACUCAUCCAUUCCAUCACUUCUAAUUUCUUUACAGUCUACCUCACCAUUACCAUACAAUGCUACUCCACCUCCUUUGCCUUUAGUUCUGUCUUUCCUGAACAGCACGAACCCUUCACUACCUGUACUCCAACUCUACUGUUUGGAAGUUAAAGUGGGUACCCCAGAAUCCCUGGAAACAAGUGCAUCUAAACUGGGGAUCGUCCUGGGUUCAGCUCCCUCCUCUCCAAGAGUUUAGCCGGCACUCACCCGGCACCACGAGCAAGCCUCUCCUGCAGGGCUGGUGCUCUCUGAACUGGAGAAGAUUCAGAGAAUUGCUCCAUUCUUUGCUAGAAGCUCUGGAACAGUGCUGAGGCCAUGAGCUUCUGGGGUGUGACCCAGUCACCAGUAAAUACUGACUGUCCACUACUGUGUCUCACAGAAGGAAGGAAUGUUCCAGUUUCUCUCUCCAGCCUCCUUUCCAAGCCCACCCCUACCCUGGUGUGGAAAAGGCCCCUAGGAUCCCAUCUAGUCCAGCCAUUGAGGGUUAGGGGACAAGAGUCACUGCCGGCUUUUUUCAGUCUAGUCUUAAAUGUGCCAAGUGAUGGCACUUUCCUCGUGUUUUCUAUGUCCACUUCUAGGCCCAGGGUCCAGUCUAGGGUAUGACUGUGUUUGCUGUUCCAAAAUCCAGUGGUGUGGGACCUGGGUGGAGAGGCGGGUUUGCCCAUUGUGUCAGAGGAAUUAUCUGCACAGCUGUUGAAGUGUCCCGGUACAAUGAGCCACAGGGAACAAGUGGCUCCAUCUUCCUCCAUUUCCCAGAGAGCUCGUUCCCCAGCUGAGUACAUCUCACUGCCAGGGAGAUAACCAGAGUCUGAACCUAAGAGUUUCCUAUCUUAGCAUCCCCCCCCCCCCCAUGCCUAGUUCUGCUCCUAGCUCCCCUCCCAGCUUGGUGUUUGGACCCGUCAAAGACCCGUAGACAGCUGAGUUCAGCUGUGCAUGUGUGAAGAAAAGAUGCUGGGGUCCUUGCUGCAGCUGUGGGCUCUGCUGCAGACAGAUUGUAGGGGAGGCACUGCCCUCCAAGAGAAGCUGCAACCUGCUCUGUCUCACACACUCCUCAUUUAACUGCUAAAACGUGAGAGAAGAAAGGGACGAAAAGAGACCCCCCUCACCCCCACCCCACCCUGCUCCGGUUUGCAGGCGCAAGCCGGCACUACAUCCUUUCCCACAGCAGACGAAGCCACAAGGGCCAAGUGGCUAUGCCACUCCCCUAGCUAUCUGGCACUUGGAUACACCUGCGUCACAUGCCGCCUCUUCCCACUAUCACAAUCCCAGGACUCAGCUGGGGAAACCCUGCCUCCAAAGCAGCUUGCGCCAUCCAAGGGACCUGUAGCCACCCCCAUCUAAUGAGCCCCAAAGCCAUUCACAUACUCGCUAGCAACUGCCACCCUGCAGGUGGGCUGGGCACACAUGCUGCUGUGAGCUGGGUGGGGAAGGUAGAGGGGUAGGCCCUUGCCAAAGACAAGUGCACACUGCUGCAUCAUUGGUCUGAGGGGGGUAGGGUGAGACCCACAGUCAGCCUCCAAGCUCCUCUCCCUUGAGCUGGGAUGUGUGCCAGGAACUGGCAGUUUCACCCAGCGCUGGCUGCUGCCACCCUUUCUCGCACUGCAGUUGCAGGACCAGGCUUUGGGAAGCAGCUGGUUUCCAUGCCCCCCCCCCAUCUAUGAAUCUCCAAUAACAGCCUUCUUCCCUCGGAGUUCUGCUUCUCCUCUGCCCUCCUCUGUUCCUGACACGUUCCCAGCAUCCCCGUACAGUGCUCCCAGCGCCGACAGGGUGAGCCAAGGCUGGGUGUGACUGGGGCCAGCAGUCAGUGCCCUGGGAAGGGUGGGUCUGUGCCUCUGGCUCUCCCCGCCUGUGUUACUGGCUCUGCUGCACAGUGACCGAAGGCAGUGGCGCCGCUGAGCUGCCCGAGCCUUCGAGAGCAGCUGGUACGUCAGCCCCCGCGGGAGGGCAGCAGGGAUGGCACAGGGGCACUCAGGCUGGAGCUGUCACUCGGAUGAAAAAUGGCCUUGACGUGGGCAAUGUAAUGCACAUGGUGGGAGCCUUCCUUUUCGUCUCGGUGUUCUUUGGAAAAUUUUGAUUUUUUUCAGUGGAAACGGAAUUACCAAAAAAAAGGCCAAAAAUGGAAAGGAUUCAGCUGAAAAACCACAAUAUUUGACUUGGGGAUGCUGCUGCGGUGCCUCCCAGGAGCUGGCGUUCAGGUGGCUUGUGCUCCUGCUCACCCUUGGGUUUGACUGUGUCUCCCGUGGCGCACUGUGGUCUUCCUCUUGGGAAGGGCAGGCAGAGAAUCAUGGUAGUCCCUGGCCAAGGUGCAGCAUGGGAGAUGUCGUUUGGCUGGGUGAGCCUGGGCCAUAGAGGAAAACGGGGAUGAGGCACCAAAUUACAACCAAGAGGCACUGCAACAGCAUCUCCCAGUUUUCAGUUUGUGGGUGGAGGGGGGGGGGUUAAUUAAAAUAGCUACAUUUUCCAGAGGAUGCAGAUACUUUCUUUCAAAAAAAUUGUUUUGUUGAAAAUCCAAGAUUCUGUGGAAAACAGUUUUGUCAGCAAAUGUUCCACCGGUCCCAGGGGCCCUUCAUAUAUAUACACCCCUUGUGCCUUGGAAAAUCCAAUCAGCAUGCUCAGGGUUAUUUUGCAUUACCAGCCCCGAGCAGAAUAAUGCCCACGCUGGAAACACGGGGCAUCUUAUCUUCUACUUGAGCAAGUCCUGUCCCUGCAACAUGGUGUCACCUCUACUGGGCUGCUGGAAAGAGCAAUAAAUACUCUGGCUUCAUGUGGUUGUUAGGACAUCGUAAAACUGUGAAAACCCAUAAAGGGCAGGAUGUGACAUCUUUCUUGAUGGCAGUGUCCCAACUAGCAUCUCUGAAUAUUGAGUGAGACACAAGCACACCCCGGAACGUUACAGAUUUUGCAAAAAGGAUCUGAGUAAUGGUGAGAUGCCCCAUUUACAUAGCUUGCAAAUGGCCCCUUUUGAAAUCUUAGUAUUCUGGCUGUAUCAAUCUGGCCUGCACCAGUCCACCACAGAAAAGUCAAAUAUACUAUUUUAAUGAUUACAUUUUGUUUAUUUCUAUUUUUGGAACACUUCUAAAAACAAAUUGUGACAUUCACACCUAUUAAAAAGAAAUGCUUCACAA